AUGAGCAUCGUCAGCAGCAGCAGCAACAGCAUCAACAGCGAAGGUGUCGGUAACGGCGGCACCGGCGGCGGUGACGGUGGCAGCAGCGACAAUUCCGUUCAGGGACGACAUACCGUCAUCAAAAAGUUUUCCCCGCAUCCCUACUUUGAUUUCGACGUGCCGCGGAACAUCACAACCCGCGUAGGUCAGACGGCGUUCAUAAAUUGCCGCGUCGAGCAGAUCGGGGAUAAAUGGGUUUCCUGGAUAAGAAAACGAGAUCUUCAUAUCCUGUCAGCGGGAAUGGUUGUAUACACCUCAGAUGAGCGAUUCCAGGUGACACGAUCCGAAAAAUCGGAUAUUUGGACAAUGCAGAUUAAAUUUGCCCAGCAGCGGGACUCGGGUGCGUACGAGUGCCAAGUCAACACAGUGCCUAAGAUGUCAAUGACAUUCCAGUUAAACAUAGUAGAGGCGAAAGCGCUCAUCCUCGGACCAACCGACAUAUACGUAAAGAUUGGCAGCGCCGUGACGCUGACCUGCAUCAUCACCCAAGGACCGCACGAUCUGGGUACGAUCUACUGGUACCGAGGGACAAAUAUCAUCAAACCAACGGAAGCUCAUCCCAACGAGACGUCUGUAGCAUAUCCUCCACGAAUAUCCGUAGAUCUAAAGUGGACAGAAGCAUUAACUUCGAGACUGAAAAUCCUCGACGCCAAACUUUCGGACUCGGGCAACUACACCUGUCUGCCCACGUCAGCGGAAGCAAGCAGCGUCAUGGUACACGUCCUAAAUGAGGAGAAUCCUGCCGCGAUGCAGCGAGGUGGAACCAUCGCCCAGCACUGUACCAUCGCCGGCCGGUUACAUCUGCUGCUGCUGCUGGCCCUAGCCGUGAUCCUGUUUUCACGAUACCGUCUGCCGAGCUGGCCAUCGAACUCGUAG